CGGCAGCCAAAGCUUGUUGUCUGGCGCUAUUAUAGAACGAGCGUCGUCACACCGGCCGCUGGGAGGAACGCAAGCGUCGACCGAGGCUGCCCCACGCGCGAGGCACGCGACAGUAUGGGCCCCAAGAAGCCCAAGGUAGUGGAAGAGGCAUUACUGUACGCGAAGCCAGAGAUCGAAUGCGUCAUCGCCGAGAGUCCUGGCUUAGAAGAUGACGAGGAUCCUCUUUUGGAGCCCGAAACUCAACAAAAAGUCCACGAGCUCUUCGACGGCACCGGCGAAAGAAAUAUACCCUCGAGCGACGCCAAGAAGCUCCUCAAGGACCUUGGGGUGGUUAUGGACGACGCGCGAUAUGCGAGGCUCGUGGAUCCUUAUGUCAGAGCCUUCCAGUCCAAUGCGGAAACGCUGUCGCGGAAGCAAUUCAUGGACGUCGCGCGACACGUUUUGGCGCCGGCGGUGCGCUACGGCGCUCGUUUGCGGAAAGCGGCAUCACGAGGGGAUUUAGAAAGAGUGAAGGACUAUAUAGCCCGGGGCUGCGACGGCAAGGGGUCGGACGGGCUGGGCUUCACCGCAGUGCACUGCGCGGCGCAACAUAACCGAGCAGAAACAGUAAAAGCGUUGAUCAAUGAGAUCUGUGGCAAGGGCUACUGUAACGCGCAGGACGAGCGGGGCUGGUCGCCUUUACACGUCUGUGCCGCGGAGGGGCGCCUCGAGACGUUGCAACUAUUACUUGGCUUGGGCUCGGACGCGUCCUUAAAAACGGUGCACGGCCGCACGCCGUUGCACUGGGCCUGCGCCAAGGGCCGCCUCGAAUGCGUCGAGGCUUUGCUCAAGGGCAAAGCGGAUCUGAAAGCAGGCGACGAGGCCGGCAUGACGGCGCUCCACCUCGCGGCGCAGCACGGCCACCUGGAGGUGUGUCAAAGGUUGAUCAAGGCCAAGGCGUCGCCCGAGGCGGAGAACACGCUGGGCCGGCGGCCGACGGACUUCCAGGAUGCGGAGUUCUGGGCGGCCGCGCUCGCGUAA